GUAAAGAUUAUGUCCGGGACAAAGUCUGCCAGGAGUUCAGGAUCCUGGGGAAGGAGGACUUCCGAACCCUGACCAUUAUUGCCAACAGCAGGAAAUUCUCCAACGCCACCUUUGAGGAGAUCAGCCACCUCGUCCGCGAAAUCGUCUCCCUGGCUGAAACCUGCUGCACUGAAGGUGCCGACCCUUCCUGCUAUGACGCCGGGUCCUCGGCCCUGUCAGCCAAAUCCUGCAGCAGGGAUUCGCCCUUCCCGGCCCACCCCGGCACGGCCGGCUGCUGCACCCACGAGGGGCUGGAGCAGAAGCUGUGCCUGGCCGCCCUGCGGCACCCGCCCCAGCAGCUGCCCCGCUACCUCCAGCCCUCCAACGAAGAGCUCUGCGAGGCCUUCAAGAAGGACCCCAAGGACUUUGCAGACAGGUUCCUGCAUGACUAUGCCAGCAGCUAUGGCCAGGCGCCACUGCCUGUGCUGCUGGGUUCCACACGGACCUUCCUCUCCAUGGUGUCCACCUGCUGCAUCUCCCCCAUGCCCACCGCCUGCUUCCUGAAGGAGAAACUGGAAAGGAAAACCAUCUCCCUCCUCACCCUGAUGUCAAACCGGGUUUGCUCCCGCUUCACAGCGUAUGGGAAGGACAAAGUCACCUUCAGCUACCUUACCUCACUUGCUCAGAAGAUUCCCAGUGCUUCCUUCGAGGACCUUUUCCCCCUGGCAGAAGACGCUGCCGAGGUGUUUUCCCAGUGCUGCGACUCGGUGGCCGAGGACUGCAUGCAGAAGAAGCUAUCGGAGCACACGGCCAAAGCCUGCGGCAUGCUCUCAGCCCAGGACAAAAGGUUUGCCGACUGCUGCAAGGGGAAAAACCUCAUGCAAAACUAUUUCUGCAUCUCGGCCUUGCCACCGGCACCCGCCCCCAAACUGCCGGAGGCGCAGAAGCCAACGGAGGAGCAGCUGUGCGGUGAGGAGGGGGCUCGCCAAGCCAAGAGGUACCUGUUCGAGCUGGCACGGAGGCACACCAGUGUUCCUGACGCCUUCCUCAGCAAGCUGUACGAUGCUUCCAAAAAAGUCAGGGGGGACUGCUGCUCUGCCAAGGACACCUCUGCCUGCCUGGCCAGCAAGCGCCAGCAGAUGGGAGAAGAGCUGCCCCCCUUCCUGGAAAAGGCCAGCCGGCUCUGUGGGCAGUACACUGAGUUAAAUUUCCUCGACUUCAAGAAGAGGCUGCGGGAGAGCCUGAUGCAGACGAUGCCCGAGGCCAGCCAGGAGCUGCCGGGGCGGGGGGGGGGGCGCCACUUCGCCUCCACCUGCUGUGCCCCCAACUCUCCCCCCCUCUACUGCGCCUCCAAGGUGAGCUCGGAGCUGGGUGAGGCGUGCGACGGGGGCUCCUGCUUGCUGGGAUAG